CAGGGGUGUUUUUUUUAAAGUGCUAUUGAUUUGAAGGAAGAUUGAGUCCCGCCUUCGAACUUUGCGGGGCCCCGAGCAGAUGCGGCUGUAGCCACACUACCCGAACACACCUCAAAACUUAAUAGGCAACGCCAGCCAACGCCGCAACGGUACGGCCAUCGACCAACCACCUUGACACCGGGACCAACAGGGAUCAUCGAGUGAACACCAACACCAACGAGACAACAACAUGCCAAAGGAAGCAUCAGACAAUAAGACGAUCUUCGUCGGUAACAUCCCACCAAAUAUCAACGCCGAAGCACUUCAUUCUAGCUUUUCUCCCUUCGGCAAUAUCCGUGAUAUUCAAAUCCCAACUGAUCCCCAAUCGCGCAACAACCGAAACUUCGCGUUUAUCACGUUUCAAGAUCAAAUUGAAGCAUUAGACGCCAUCGACAACAUGCAUCUAAACCUACUCUCCUCCGAUUCAGAAAAGAUCUUGAAAGUCAACUUGGCCAGAAACAGCUUUCACAACAACAAUCAAAAAGCAGAUACUAAGGGGUUCUCACAUCCAAAUAACAGAGCUAUUUGGGAUGAUGAAACUUGGAUCAAAGAAAACGCACUGAAAGAAGACUCAAAAGGCGAUCCAGUCGUUCAAGAUGCUAAUCCCGCGCCAUGAAUCGUUCAUUUAUCAAUAAUAUUUCUGUAAAGACAAGGAUUCUAUUUUUCAUUUGAUGUAGAGUGACUACAACAGUUUUUCUCUUUGUAAUUAAAGCCGUGCAGUAUACUAUGUCUGGAAUUGAUGUAAGGUAAGGUAUCCCCCUCGUAAAUCUGGCGCCGCAAAUCAAAUUCAAA